GGGGACGAUGCGGCGGGGACGCCGUGCAAGUGGCGGUCGCCGACCGAGCAGAAGACGUACUCCUCGAAGCUUCUAGAAGCCCUCCGACGCGUCCACGGCGGCGGCUCCGACGAGCCGCCACGGAGCCGGGCCGUCCGCGAGGCGGCGGACCGCGCACUCGCGGUCGCGGCUCGGGGCCGCUGGCUGAAGGCGACGCGGCGCCGCCCCCACGCCGCCGCGCCGCCGCGGCCGCGGAGCGUCGGCGGCGGCGCGGCGCCGGAGAAGAGAUCGCCGGCGAUCCGGCGCAAGGCUAGGGUGCUGUCGCUGCUCGUCCCCGGGUGCAAGAAGCUCCCGUUCCCGGCGCUCCUCGACGAGACCUCCGACUACAUCGCCGCGCUCGAGAUGCAGGUGCGCGCCAUGAGCGCCCUCGCCGACAUCCUCUCCGCCGUGGGCGGCGGCGGCGCCGCCACAUCCUCCUCCGCCGCCGAGCGCGGCAGAUAUGAACCCGACGAUGCCUUCUCCGGUGAUGGUGAUAGUGACGGCGACGACGAUCUCUCCGACCGCGGCGGAAGAAGGAAUUGGGCGCGCACAUUAGUCAGAGAGAAAGGGAGCGAGGGAAGGAGGCGAUGGUGUAUAGCUAAAGAUAAGAGAUAG